UAACUAAACCUUCUUCAAUCAUUGAACCGUCUACACAAUUUAAUACUAAUGAAAUACCACCUGUUAUUAAUACAUGCGUGACCGACCCUUCUAUAACAACUAAUCCACAUGUACAAACCAGCUCUGGCAAAAAAUCUUCUGUUAUUAAACCAUCUACUACUAAAUCUUCGUUGAUAGCUAAACCGUAUUUACGAACUAGAAGCAAAUGCAAAUUAACAGAUUUAUCAAAAGAAAUGUUGACUAAUCCAGAUACAUUGGAUAGAUCUUCUUCUACCUCUUCUGAUCAUCAGCUUGAAUAA